AUGCUUCCUUAUGGAUGGAAGAUUUUCGUUUUGGGGGUCUCUAUUUUGCGGCUUGUAAUACGUGAACGGCGGGAAAAGCGACGGAGUAUACCCUCGGAAGACCUCGAGCGUGAAUUGCGAGGUAGUCGCCGAGGAGUUAGGGAAGAGAGCCCGCUAGAUGCGGACGUCAGCACUCGCUCGCAGUUUGACGCGAAAUCAUCCGCUCGAGACCUUGAUGAUGUCGGAGAGGGGUUCAGUAUCCGGAAAUCAAAGGAGAAGCUGGCGUCUCGUCCACCUUCACCUUCUAUGGCGUCUAUACAUGUACCCCCGAUCCAUCAGGAUGUGUUUACCCACCAUAGGCACAUUGAUCAUGGCUUCGAGGAGGGUCCGCCGCCUCGUGCGCCCAGCCCGGAACUGCCGUCUCCAGUUGGUAGUUUGAUGAGAUCGAUAUCAAGCAUCGGUAAGCACAUCGAGCCUUUAGUCUUCAUCAUGUCGUAUGCUAACAGUCGUAGGAAAAUGCGAGGAGGACGAAUCUCCGAGGAGAAGGUAGCACUCAGACACCGUGACAGCACAGACACUCUCGGCCCGGAAGAUUCGAUCUCACCAACGAGCCAAGCCAUCUUUACCGAUCCAUGGGAACGCGAAGCAACAUCCGCAUCCCGCAGUCGUUCUAACUUACUGGACAAAGAGAAAGACCUACCUUCCAUGGCUGAGAUAGAGAAGGAAAUUCUUCUUGAAAGCGCCCGAGCAGCGGACAACGCACCCAGAAGCGCGGACGAUUGGUCUGUAGUACAUGCCCCAUCCAAAGAAGAAGCCAUUGAAAUGAGUGGAGCCCUGGGUGACCUGGAUGUGAUCGAGGUCAAGCCUCGACGUGCUUCGGUGGAGGAAGUCAACUUGGGACGAAUUGCGCAGCAAGUCACAGAAACGAAGGAGACUCGAAACGAUCGAUGGACUGAAAUUGCAAAGAAAUUGGUGGUACGAGAAGCGAUUGAACAGAUGGAUUACGAGUACGAGGAGACAAAGGGAUUCUAUUAUAUCUUCUCAUCUCUCAGCCCUGAUGAUAUAGAUGAUCUUGUGGAGUUAUCGGAUGAGAUUAGGAGUGCCCGGCGCAGACGCAUUCAGGCUAUCCAGCGUGAGCGUGCCUCUAUCUCUACCCUCCACAUCUCAUAUCAGACCUCCUCCGGCGGGAAUGGCGAGCACCGAGAAGCGUAUGCAGGGAGUCCGGGAUCGGUUGUUGUUGAAACGACUAUAAGGAAGCUCAAUGCAUUUGUUAUGUAUGACCCAUUUAAAGACGAACGACGGUCGGAUUUUUCUGCAUACUCGAGAUCUCAAUGUAUUUGGCUGGCGCGCAUUUGGCGCCGGCUCCUUCCCUAG